CUGUAGAUUGUAUUACGUGCAUUGUGAAGGGAUCUUCUAAUGGUCGGUAUAAACAAGAAGAAUGAUUAUGUCAAGAAAAAACAGUUUCAAUGUUCAUUUGGGCUCCUGGCUGGCUGCUUUAAGACAGACUUGAACAAAUGUCCUUUAAGGAUGAAUGAAUGUGAGGAAUUUUGGCAUGUUUCAACUCACAUGUGUGGGUGUGAGAGCUGUCAUUUAUACUAAUCUUUAGUUUGAUUCUAAUCUUAUAGUGAGUCACCUCGCAGACAUAUUUCAGGUGUUUGAUGCUCAUGCAACAGGUUUAUGUGUAUUAUUAUUCCCACAGGUCCUUCUUGACAAACCAUAGACUAUUCCUUGAAACUGCUCGUGACGCAGCUGCAUUUCCCGUUUUAGGGAACCGCCUCCUCUUACCCGACCAGAGUGGGGAAACAUCUCUAACGCUAUACCAAACACACACAAAAAAUAACUUGUGUCCAAUUAUUGAUACAUUCCUGCCGUGAUAUGGACCUGAAGUAAAGUGUCAUCGUUGACUUGCCAGUGUUUGUCCAGGUGGCUUCAGAUGGACUGAACCUGUAAGAUGAUGGAGGGAGCUCGACACAGUUGGGGAUGGAUUAGAAAAGCCUGUUUUGGCACAAUAUUGAUCCUCUUGUGCAUGUUCAUCUCCACUUCUACAUCCUUACAACCAACCUCACAAUCAGUUAAGCAGAAGUGUCCAGAUGGGGAUUAUUCCAAUGACAAGGGAAUAUGUUGCAACAAAUGCUCUCCAGGUUUUAAGCUCUUGAACGAGUGUCAGGCUGUGCGUGAAAGGAGUGAAUGUGUGCCAUGUCCAGAUGGACAGUUCAUGGACCAGCUGAACUUCUCCCCAAACUGUUUCAGUUGCAAACGUUGCAAAGCAAAAUAUAAUGAAAUCUUGGUAUCAAAAUGUGAACCAUACAAAAACACUAUUUGUCGCUGUAAAGACGGUUAUUACAAAAAGGACAUCGACUCAGGAACAUAUGAGUGUUUGAGAUGUAAAACGUGUCGGUCUGAUGAACAGGAAAAACAACCAUGUACACCAGAGAACAACACUUUGUGUGGAUGUAAGGAGAAUUACUACAAAGAAAAGGGCAAGUGUGUAGCAUGCAAAGACUGUUCAUCUGGCUGUGAACAUCUCUGUCCAGUUACUGUUCAGACCACAAAAGGUCAAAAGGAGGAAGAUGGAAGAUGGAUCAUUAUAAUUGCUGUGCUUUCAAGUGUGGCAUUAAUAUUAGUUGUGGUGGGGUGUCCCGCCACCUAUAUCCUCACCACAUGGCUCACCAAGAGGAGGAUACUGAGAGAGACCUCCCAAGCAUCUGUCACCCCGGACUCACUUGAGAUCCUGGUCAAAAAUGAAGAACCCUCAGAGAAGUAUGUGAAUGCCAUUCCCCAAAGCCCUGUGAAUGAGCAGGAAAUACCCAAUCUGCCUGACUGUGUCCCACUGGAAAUCAAGAUCCCUGACCUGAUCUACAUGGUGCUAGACCUGGUACCAGUGCUGCAGGUGAAGCAGCUGGUGCGUUCUCUCGGUGUGACGGAUACAGAGAUCGAACGAGCAGAGAUGGAUCACCGGACCUGCAAGGAGUCUCACUACCAGAUGCUGAGGGUGUGGGCAGAACAAGGAUCACGAGCAGGACGAGGUGGAAUGCUGCACCGGCCGUUGUUGCUGGAGUUGUUAGAUAAACUGAGAACGAUGCACCUGGGACAGGCAGCCGAAGAGCUGGAGACAAAGUAUGGCAUUCAGUAAUUCUGUGAUGCGUGCCAAGUGGGACAAAAAGCUUAUAAAACCAAGUAUUGUACUCAAGGACGGCCUCAAAGUACACACACAUGGAGCCACCACACACCAAUGCAGCAAAUUUGUUUCACAGCCACCAGCUUCACUGGACACUCUACCUCCGCUACUGCCAGUCAUUACAUGAGAGACAGAGUCAAACUACUGAGAGCGACGGAUCAAAAGGAUUAAGAAGUGGGAAAUCCUCUACUUUUUAAUUCAGCUGAACUCUUUGUAAAGAACUUUUGUUAAUGACUUUGUUGUUUUAAACCUUAAAGACAUAGUUCAACAUUUGGGAAAACAUACUUAUUCACUUUCUUUACAGGAGUUAGAUAGAGAUCAAUACCUCUCUAAUGUCUGUUCAGUAAAUAUGAAGCUGCAACCAGCAGUCGGUUAGCUCAGCUUAGGGUGUAGCUGUGGUUCAGGAGGUAGAGCAGUCAAGUCGAUGUGUCCUUGGGCAAGAUAUUUAACCCAAAAAUGCUCCAGAUGGCUGCACCAAUGGUGAAAUGAUAUCUGUAAAUGUUUCCAUCAGUCUCCAUCUGAUGAGCAGUUUAGUACCCUGUGCAGUAGCCCCUGUCAUCAGUGGGUGAAUGUGAAUGGGUGAAUGUGACAUGUAGUGUAAAAGUGAAUGCAGUGGUCAAAAAGACCAGAAAAGUGCAGUAUGAGCACAGUCCAUUUCUUUGUCACACUCUGUCAAAAGGUAACACAGCCUACCUGCCAGCACCUCUAAAGCUCUAAUUGACACAUUAUAUUUUGUUUAGAUAAUCCAAACUAAAACUCCAGUGUUACCAGAAACUAUUUCUUGACAAUGAGUUUUAGUGGUGUUAGUAGGUGUUUUCUUCUUACAGAGCUCGGCGAGCUGUUAACUGCUGUUAGUCAGUACACUGAGCUACUCUAACCAGUUGCUUUCUCCAGCUUCAUAUUUACUACAUAAAAAUGAUCUUCUCACCUAAUCCUUGGCAACAAAUCAGAUAAGCUUAUUUCUCAAAAUGUCAAACUAAUCAUUUAAGGAUGGUAGACCCUUUAUCAUGAUUUGGUCAAAAAUCUUUUUGUAAUCUACACAGCUUGCAUUCAUUUUUUUGGGCUUUUUUGCCUUUAAUGUACAGGAUAGUAGAGAUAGACAGGAAGCAGUGAGGGGGAAUGACACGCAGGAUAAGACUGCUUGGCAUGGGAUUCGAACCGGGAUCGCUGAGGACUAUAGCCUCAAUACAUGGGGCGGGUGCUCUACCUGCUGAGCUAUGCUCAACCCCCAGCUUGCAUUCAUGAUGUGCCAUUUGCUGGCUGUAUCUUAAGGCUUUUUCAGCUUUGUCGUGAGCAGCAAUACAUUGUAUCUACUUUAUUAUGCCAGUUAAGCUACUCUUGAUAAUCACAAAUAUACUUUUAGACACUGUAGCAUAAGCAGAACAUGUGAAAAUAAAUGCUGGCUAGUGAAGAAGUGACAUAAAGUUCAUAUAUGAUGUUUUAAUUGGCAGUAGCUAUUGGCAGUUUUAGUCACCUUAAUAAACUGUAAUGGAAAGAGUAAGAAAGCUAUGGAGGUGUGUUGUUUCUACUGAGUAUAGACUAAAGCCCUGUCACAUCUCGUCAGCUUUUCACAGCCCCAUUAACAUUCUUUAAGCCCCAUCAUACAAGCAUUAUUCACCAUCGUUAGAGAAAACAGGACACACCUUGUCUCAGUCUCUCUCAGCCAAAUAACCUUUAGAAUACCAGUCUCAGCCUGCAGAUUCAGAUAUGAAUCAGCCAAAUUAAGACAGGCUGGAGCAGUGUCAUUAAAUGCACUUUGUAUGAAAUCAUGCAUUAUGUAUUGUACACAACCAUUUAAUGAGAGAAUGAACAAUUAUUUUUUA